CCAGUCCUCGACCAAGGCCAAGUUGCCAUCAAAACACGGCCACCUGGAUUCGCGUAAUCCUAGAUGCGCGAUUAGAGAAAACAAUCUUCUUUGUUAUUGUUUCCAGCUACAUCCUGCAUUGAAUUCAGGCUGCAGGCUUUGCACAGAUUGUGAUUUUUAUUCCCCCUCGCUUUGGGAAAGCUCUCGGUAUCCCCUUUCCAUCCCCGAGUAUUCACACCUACAUACACGCGACAGUCAGCUUGCCAUCACUUUGUCAUCACUUUGACAAUACAUUACGACUGUCCAAUGUCGUCACGGCAACCCCGACCGUAACGCACCAAGCCACGACUUUUCUUUUUUUUUGUAUUUGUUUGCUCAAACUUCGCGACAUAAACGCUCGAGGAAAAUAUCUUCACAAUGACCACUCCCGAGAGAAGGCAAAGCGGUUGGUGGGGAAGCAUAUCUGGUGGUCUCUUUGGUUCUGCCGCUAAGCGCCGCAGUGAACCUGAGAGGAUUGAACCCAGACCCGAGCCCACGCGACUCAACGUCCCAGCGAGAAACUCGAUCCUUGAGAAUGGCGCACAUCACGAUACGCCGCGCCCGCGCGUUUCCUUCCAGGAGGACGACCGGGCCGCUUCCCCAGAAAGCCCAGCCAAGCGCGCCUCGGCUGCACAGAUGGCUACUCGCAAAAUUUUCGAGCGCCCACAGGGCCCUUCAAGCAAGCUUUCAAGCAGUACUGUAAGGGCAACAAAUUUCUCAGCAGUUGCAUCGCCGCGUCCCAUGUUCAGGGCCUCUUCAGCUGCACCCGAAGGUGGCAGGUUCCAGUUCACACCGCGCGCUGGUACACCCGCAAGGCCUACCAACAACGCUUUCCGCGCCACUACCACUGCGACCUCGGCUCCAACACCCAGCCGUGAUUUCCGCGCGUCUACCACCGAGAGCAUCAGCCGCGGCAUGGCCAAAGUCCCCCCGAGUGAGCUGUUUUCUAUGAAAAUCCCAGAGCCUCCUGCGAACUUGACCGGAGAGGAGCUUGCCAGGCGAAUCCCGCAGAACCCUAACAGGGUUGGAUCGAUCUAUGCCGACGAGUACCUUUCCGAUCUUUGUCCCAAAGACUUCAACGAAACUCAGAGGAAGCAGUUCUUUUGCAUCUUGGACCUGCGUCGGCUGAAAUAUGCAUCUGAUGAGAUCUAUAUCAAAAAGGACUGGAGGUUCAACAUUCUGAACUUUGCAAAGGAGUACGAGAAAAGCAGGAGCUUGAUCAUGUUACGGUACGGUCUGUAUGAAUUCAAGAGCAUCAAGCCUUCGCAAGAGGUGGUGUCCAAAUGGAAGGCCUCGCAUGGCAUUCCUCUCGAUGAUGAAGAGGAUGACACCACAGUACAGUCCGCAGCAUUGACGCGUCCCAACGGUACCGAGGGCAUUCUGUCGCGCGGCAAACGUAAGGCCUCGGACGAGCCGUCACAAAGCAAGCGAGCUCGUGGAACUGAACGCGAGCCUCUAUCUGAGACUGCUACCCCUGCUCUCAACAAGGGCAGCAAGAAGCGCAUGGCAGAUGAUGAUGGCGAGAACCCACCAGCUAAAUCACAGAAGUCUUCAACCGCACCCUCAAAGACGCCAUCGGCAACCAAGAAGUUCUUCGAACAGGUUGCCAAUAGCAAGCCUACGUCGUCACCCUCCAUCACGGUUGAGCCUCCUUCGGCAUCCAAGCCAAAGCCAGCGUUCCCGUCGGCAUUUGGUGCUACUUUCAACAGCUCGACGACCAAGUCAAUCUUCGAGGCUAGCGCCUCCACAAAGUCAACGAACGGAAAGCUCGGCGCUAAGUCCAAUAUCUUUGGUCACCUCUCUGACACGGGAUCCGGCCAGGCGAGUGGAGCUGAGAACGAUGCCGAAGACGAGAAUGACUCGGAAGACGAUGCUCAGGAGGCUAGCCAAAGCGAUGACCAGAGCGGUGCAGCUAGCGGAGGGGCUGCUACGCCCCAGCCUGGCGGUGAUUUGUUUGGCAAGAAGCGCACUGCUGGUGGUCCAUUCGUGUCAUCAUCCACGUCUUCCGAGGCGGGUGAUGUCCAAUCUGGCCCAAGCCUCUUUGACCGUGUCACAAAAGGUGAUGAUGGGAAACCCAAACGCAUCUUCUCACCCAAUACAAGUGCUGUAGCUUCACCAGCUCCAACCAAGCCUGCGUCAGAGAACGAGAAGGCACCUAGCCCUAUCAAGCCGCAGCAACCCUUGGGUGGUAAUCAGACAUGGUCCGUUGAUUCCCCUAUCAAAUUUGCGGCUGCCCCGUCAACUUCUUCGAGCUCUUUGUUUGGAGCAGCUCCCGCAGCUGCCAAGUCUUCAGCGACCGGUCAAGACUCGAGCACCGCCAGCGCCGCACCGAAGCUUUUCAGCUUUGACUCCAAGCCCGCCGAGACAGGCGCAAGCUCUGCUCCCACUUUCGGUACCUCGGGCGCUUCCUCAAGCCUUUUCGGGGCCAAAACCAAUGGAUCGACUCCUGAGGCUAGCAAGGUGUCGAAGACAACUGAGGCAACGCCAGCAGCUGCGGCUGCUCAGAAGGCGCCUCAUCCCAUGUUUGGCGCCGUGCCAGGUCAGGAAUCUAAGCCUUCUUUCACUGCUCCGGGUCAGUCCGAUUCGAAGUCCCUUUUCGGUGCUGCAAAGCCGCUGUUUGGUGCCGACCCCAGUGGUUCAGAGCCUGCCAAGCCCUUGUUCGGUGCAGCUGCUGCGUCAGACAAGCCCAAGGCCGAUCCUAGUCCUCUUUUUGGCUCAAAAGCUGCCACGCCUGUACCACAAGUACCAUCGCUAUUCGGCUCGACAGCGUCAACGCCGAACCCUACUCCCAGCCUUGGAUCCUCACAAGAGCCACCCAAGCCUCUCUUUGGACAGACGGCCACCAAGGACGCACCUGCGCCGUCUUUCGGCUUUGGUGCAAAGCAAGACACACCCAAGCCUCUUUUCGGGCAGGAAGCCACAAAGGAUACGCCUAAGCCUACAUUCAGCUUUGGGGACAGUUCGCAAAAGUCGCAGACGCCAAGUCUGUUUGGCGCUGCAGGCGGUCAGAGCACUCCUGCAACUCCGGCCUUUGGAGUCACCAAGAGGAGUGCUGAGUCGGAAGAGACCGGAGAGCCGCAAGCCAAGCGCAGCAUGUUUGGUAGUGCCGCUCCAGCCGCGACCCCGAACCCACCAACAUCUCUCUUCGGGAAUUCUGCAGCCCCAACAGCGGCUACAACUACACAAUCUCUAUUCGGCAAUGCUGCUACGGCAGAGAACAACACACCAGCACCAAGCUUCAGCUUUGGCGGUUCGGCAGAAAAGACUCCAUCAUCAACACCUUUGUUCGGAGCCAACUCGACGGCGGGCGCCUCGACGCCAUCUUUCUCCUUCGGGGCUGGUGCUGCCAAUGGAACUUCAACGCCGUCCUUUAGCUUUGGUGGAGGUGCCACGCAGAAUGGUGCCUCUGCACCGGCACCCUCGUUUAACUUCGGUGGUGCGGGCCAGUCCAACGGCCAGGCUUCUAACCAAAACUCGACCUUGUUUGGAGGUAGUGUCUCCGCUCCAAGUUCAUUCACUUUUGGUGCUGGUGGCGGAGGCGACAAGUCUUUCAACAACCCAUUCGCCAGCGGUGGUGGCGGCGGAGAUGCUCCCGGAUCUGUGAGCUUUAACUUUGGUGCCUCGAGCACCCAACCCGCAGCUGUUGGUGGUUCAUCGGGCAUGUUCAACUUUUCCAGCGGCGGUUCCAACGGAACCUCGACUCCCGUCUUCAGCUUUGGAGGAGGUGGCCAGACCAAUGGUUCCACCCCUGCCCCAGGAAAUGCCGCGGCAGGCGGUUCGAUCUUCAACUUAGCUCCUCCCGCGGGCGGCACCUCAACAGGUACUAACACCCCUUUUACUUUCGGAGGAGCUUCAAGCCUGGCUACCACGCCGGCUGCUGGCACGCCCGAGCCAGCUGCCACUGGUGAUGCAGAUGGACAGAAGGCUGACGGGGACGAGGAACCACAGGCGCAAAUCAAUCUUACAGAAGGAGGGCCGGGCGAGGAGGACGAGGACGUCGUUUUUGAAGUACGGGCUAAGGCUCUGAAGCUCAUCAACAAGUCGGACGAGUCGGACGAAGAAGCCGCAAAGAAGGACGAUAAGAAGUCGCCCUGGAAGACGAUGGGUGUCGGCCCGUUCAGGCUGCUCAAGCACAAGACGACGGACGCGGUGCGAAUUCUCCUGAGAGGAGAGCCGCGCGGCAACGUGGUUAUGAACAAGUUGCUCCUGCACAAUUACGAUUACAAGACGGAACCGGGCGACAAAUAUGUCAAGUUGACCACCGCAAAGGACGGGGGCGGCCUGGAGACGUGGAUGUUACAAGUCAAAGAUAAAACCAAGGGCAAGGAGCUGGCUGCCGCGCUAAUGAAACACAAGGAGGCCAACAAGCCCAAGGACUAACGAGGCCUUGGUUGUAUGCGCGUUUCGCUGAGCCCUUUGUUUCUCGAUGACUUGUAACGUCCAGUGUCUGUCUUUCUUUGAUGGAGUGAAUAUGGAGUCCGGUUUGCGAUACUCUUGCAAUAGGAAGCAAAGAAGGGGUUUAUCAUUAUAAUAAUAUACGCGCGCACAAGGUCUGUUUUGUUUUCUAAGUCACUACACUUAUCCCCCCCAGUCUGUCAAGCUUACUCCUCUACCCGUAUUAUCACUGCAUCGGAUUCACUUAUGCCUACGGAGUCUCUUCGUUUUACCCUUUUAUUUCUUUAUUAGCACAGCAUGGCAGGCAUUUGGCUUCUUUUACUGUUGUUUACAUUGUCACCCCUUCAUCCACGUUGUCUGAGUUAUUUUUCACCCUCGUUUCGUCUUUGAGGACCAAGGCGCAAUGGCGCAUGACUGAUUUUCUCGACCACUCUGCCUUGUUUCUUUCCUUUCCUUUUCCUUUUUUCCCCAGUAGACUGUCCAAUCGGGACAUCGCUUUCACAUUAUUUGUCGUUUGCGCGAAGGAAGAGGAUCUCGCGCAUGUUUAUUUAGAAGUCAUGGAAAAUAUGUAUAAUUGUGAGGGGUGAUUGUCGAAUAAAAGCAAUGGUGGCAUAGGGGCCGAGAGAAGACAUUUGGGCUUAAUUGGCCUUCUUUCAAAAUAACUUCCGAUCCUUUUUUGUUCGCUAUGGUGAUAGGCAUGCCGCCAUAAAGUAUGCUGGUGAGUGCCUUGGUGAUAUAGAGCGAAUUCCAAAAUAACAGUUAUCACGUG